AUGAUCACGUAUAGGCCGUUCGAUAUCAACUCGGACCUACAGUUUGCGACGAUCAAGAAACUGAUAGACCGUGACCUGAGCGAGCCGUACUCCAUCUAUGUGUACCGGUACUUUCUGAACCAGUGGCCGUCGCUGGCGUACCUGGCGUACGACACGGAGGCGGCGACGGCGGAGGAGCCCGUGGGGUGCAUUGUGUGCAAGGCGGAGGCGCACCGCGGGGUGCGGCAGCGCGGGUACAUCGCGAUGCUGGUGGUGAACGACGCGUACCGCGGGCGCGGGAUUGCGAAGCGGCUGAUCACGCUGGCGAUCGAGCAGAUGGCGGCGCAGGGCUGCGACGAGAUCAUGCUGGAGACGGAGUGCAGCAACGGGGCGGCGCUGCACCUGUACGAGGCGCUGGGGUUCGUGCGGAUGAAGCGGAUGUUCCGGUACUACCUGAACCAGGGCGACGCAUUCAAGCUGAUCCUGCCGCUGACGGCGCGCAGCUAUAUGCGGAGCACGUUUCUGGACGCGCGCGCGGACUAG